GCGCUGGGGGGCGGCUACCUGCACUGGGGCCACUUCGAGAUGAUGCGGCUCACCGUGGGCCGCUGCAUGGACCCCAAGACCAUGUUCGCCGUGUGGCGCGUGCCGGCGCCCUCCAAGCCCGUGACGCGCAAGAGCCUGGGCCACCGCAUGGGCGGCGGCAAGGGCCCCGUGGACCACUACGUGACGCCCGUGAAGAGCGGGCGCCUCGUGCUCGAGGUGGGCGGGCGCUGCGAGUUCGGCGAGGUGCGGCCCUUCCUGGCGCGCGUCGCCCGCAAGCUGCCCUUCCCCGCGGCCGCCGUGAGCCGCGACGGGCUGCAGCGCCUGCGGCAGCGCCACGAGGAGCGGCGCCUCCACAACCAGAACCCCUGGACCUUCGAGCGCGUCGUCGCCGCCAACAUGCUGGGCAUGCGCAAGUACCUCAGCCCCUACGACCUCACCUUCCACGGGCGCUACUGGGGCAAGUUCUUCCUCAAGCACCGGGUGUAGCGCGCGCGGCG